AUGAAGCGCCUCGCGGUCUUCUUCCUCUCCCUCCUCCUAUAUCCUUUCCUUUCCUCGGCACUGAAAUUUGACCUCGUGGCCCAACCAGGACACAGUGCCAAAAAUGAACGGUGCAUACGCAACUUUGUCACAAAGGAUACCCUCGUCGUGGUCACGGCCAUUGUGAGCGGGAGCAGAGGCGAUGGACAGAUGGUUAAUAUGCACAUCAAAGAUGCGGUAGGGAACGAUUACGGUCGACCCAAGGAUGUUGCGGGGGAGAAGAGGAUGGCGUUUACGAGUUUGGCGGAUACCGCGUUCGAUGUAUGCUUUGAGAACACGUUGACUGGUCGAUCUGCUGUUCCCAACCCCACUCGCCAUGUUGAACUCGACAUCGAUAUUGGCGCGGACGCUCGGGACUGGUCCGCGAUCCAAGCCAACGAAAAGCUCAAGCCCGUGGAAGCGGAUCUGCGAAGAAUAGAGGAGACAGUCAAUGAGAUUGUCCAAGAGAUGGAGUAUCUCCGAAUCAGAGAACAAAAGCUACGGGACACCAAUGAGAGCACGAAUGAAAGGGUCAAAUGGUUUGCCUUUGGGACGAUGGGAAUGUUGGUGGGUCUCGGAGCGUGGCAGGUCGUAUAUCUGAGGGCUUACUUCAGGUUUGUUUUUCCCUUGUCAAAUGUUGCAGUCUUCGACUAG